AUGCAGGCAAUCGCGAAAGCAGAGAAUGAGACUGACUCGGUCGUCUCUUUCAACGACACUGACAAUGAUCUGAAUUUGGAGAAUGAAAAAGAGAAAAAAGGUGGUUGUGUGGGCUGUCUGCGCGAUAAUCUCUUCAUGAUCGUCAUCCUCCUUGGUGUGGUCGUGGGAUUUGGUAUCGGAUUUGGUGUUAGACAGUUGAACCCCUCACCAGUGGCUAUUACAUGGAUAGCAAUGCCAGGUGACCUGUACAUCCGACUUCUUCAAUUAACCAUCCUACCACUGAUCGCUUCCAAUCUUAUUGUCGUUAUUUCGUCAUUGGAUCCGAGGGAACAGGGUCUUAGCAGUCUGGUGACAGUGGCAUACAUCAUCGGCUUCAAUUUUGCCGGAGCUGCAAUAGGCACCGCCUUCGCUACGUGCACACCAGUCGGAGUUGCUUUCAUGAUUGCUGCCGCAAUACUUAAUGUCAGUGACAUUAAAGCAGCCUUUGCAGGAUUAGGAAUGUUUGUUCUUACGGUGACGGUGGCCCUCGGUGUCCUGUUCUUCCUGUGUAUAAUCUUGUAUGGGGCAGUCGCCCUUCGAAAUCCUUUUUGUCUUCUGCGCUUUAUCACAAAAUCCUGGUUCAUCAGUUUUGCAACUACCAGCCCGAUCGUAUCACUGGCAGAAAUGUUUGACGGCUGUGAUCAGUACGGUGUGGAUCAAUCCAUAUCAAGAUUUGCUUGUCCACUCAUGACGGCCCUCAAGGCGGAUGGACCAGCGGUCUUUAUUAGCAGUGCCGCCGUCUUUGUUGCCCAAACAGAAUCAGCAGGCUCAUCACCUGGUACUCUAGUUAUCAUCUGGAUUUUGACAGCUGUAUCCGCGCUGGCCAUCCCGCAUAUUCCAAGUGCCAGCAUAAUCAUCACAAUGACCAUCCUUUCUUCGGCUAAUGUCCCAACUGCAAACACCGCUUACCUUUAUGCGGUAGACUGGCUUUUGUAA